CGGCCCACACGCUCCCUCCUCUUUCACGACUUGACGACACCCCGCUCCUUCCAUGGCUGCUGUGAAACACGCUCAGCCCGCCGACCUCGUGUAUGAUGCCACUCUCGUCUUCUGGAGGGCUGUCACCAACAUCUUCUUCCGGGAGGUCCGGCCAAGAGGUGCGUUCAACAUCCCGCGCGAGGGUCCGGUCAUCUUCGUUGCUGCACCGCACAACAAUCAAUUCCUCGACCCUCUGCUGCUGUACCGAGAGGUGCAUCGGGAGACCGGGCGUCAUGUGCGGUCACUCAUUGCGGCCAAGAGCAUGAAGAGGAAGGUUGUGGGAUUUUUUGCAGGGCUGAUGGGUAGCAUCCCCGUCGUCCGAGCCGCUGACGAUGCUAAACCCGGAACGGGCGAAGUCACAAUUUCGGAGGAGGACGCUACGCUCAUCAUCGGCCAUGGCACCAAGUUUACCUCUGACUUCACUCCAAAGAUGCAGAUCAUGCUGCCAAAGUCUGUGGGUUCGCUCGUCGCGGAGGUGACGGAGAUACUGUCAGAUACCCAGCUGAGGAUAAAGAAGGAAUUUUCGGGAACCGCGAAGCUGCGCGAGAAAAACAAGGAGAUUCAAGCUGCCGGCCAGCGAGGGUUCGCAUUCAAGAAGCUUCCGUUCGUGGACCAAGGCAAAAUGUAUCAAUAUGUGUACCAGUGCCUUACGGAAGGAGGGGCCAUCUGUAUUUUCCCCGAGGGUGGUAGCCAUGACCGAACGGACCUCUUACCUCUCAAAGCCGGCGUCUCUCUCAUGGCCUUGGGAGCCAUGGCGAACAACCCGAACCUGAAGGUCAAGUUAGUACCAGUCGGUCUGUCGUAUUUCCAUGCACACCGUUUCCGGUCACGCGCGGUCAUUGAGUUUGGGUCACCCCUCGACGUUCCCCUGGAGUUUGUCGAGAUGUUCAAGGAGGGCGGCGCGAAGAAGAGGGAAGCGGUUGGAAAGUUCCUUGACGUCAUCUACGAUGCACUCAAGACUGUCACUUUGAGGGCUCCCGACUAUGAUACGUUAAUGCUCAUCCAAGCUGCGCGACGACUCUACAAAACACCUGGCCAACAUCUGACCCUAGGCCAGGUCGUCGAGCUCAACAAGCGUUUCCUCCAAGGUUACCUCCACUUCAAGGAUGAGCCUAAGGUGCAGAAGCUCCGAGACGAUGUCCUGAGGUACAACCGUCUCCUCCGAGACCUUGGUCUACGUGACCAUCAGGUUCCGCGGGCGGAGAAGGCUGGAUGGAAGACAUUUGGCCUGCUGACGUACCGUCUGGGCUUGCUAGCUGUCUGGACCGUCCUAGCCCUACCUGGUGUCAUCCUGAACGGCCCCAUCUUCGUCACUGCUUCCGUCAUUUCUCGCAAAAAGGCCAAAGAGGCUCUUGCUGCUUCCGAGGUCAAGAUCGCUGGUCGUGAUGUAUUGGCAACGUGGAAAAUCCUCGUCGCUCUUGGUGUCACACCAGUCCUCUACGCAUUCUACGCCGUCCUUGCAACGAUCGUGGCCGUCAAGGCUGGUGUUCCGCUCAAAUGGCGCAUCUGGACGCCUUUCCUUGUCCUCAUGACACUCCCAAUCUUGGCCUAUUCGGCUCUUAAGUUCGGAGAGGCCGGAAUGGACGUUCUCAAGUCCCUGAGACCACUCAUAAUUGCAUUAAUACCCGGCCAGCAGCGAUCGCUUCAAAGGCUCAAGCGCAUGAGAGAAGAAGUAUCCAACGAACUUGUGGAAACGAUCAACGAAUUUGGACCUCAGAUGUUUGAAGAUUUUGACGAGUGGCGUAUUCUCGUCCCUUCUGCGACUGCACCUCCAUCGAGCGGGCAGCCGGGCAUAUGGCGGCGCAAGACUGCGACUGGCGGCGUCGACGCACAGGGCAACCUUCUUGUGCACCCUAUGACCUGGCUGGACGAACGCCUGUUCGGCUGGAGCCGUAGUGCAAAGCGCGGGACAAGCGCAUGGGCAGGCACCCGGAGCCACGACAUCAGUCGUGUGCCGACGCCGGACGCGUCCGACGACGAGGACCACCCCGACUACGAUGACCUCAACAUCCCCUCCGGCGAUGGCUACUUGCUCGCUACCCGCCCACGGUCCCAGCGCAGUUCCUACGCUGACAUCCAGCGCCUUCGGCUGACCGGGGCUAGCAACGCGGGGGUCAGUAGCGGGGGCCCCUUGAGCCCACUCUCCCCCGUGUCGGCAACUGCGGUGUCAACGGGCGAACAAUAUACCGACAACGAUGGGCUACACUUCCGUGGGCAGACGCGGGUACGGAAGCAGAGUCUCUCGGAUGGUGUUCCGGUGGAGGUGAUUGGCAGCGUGGACCGGGAGGAGCCGUUCAAGGAUGCAACACAGGAAUUGAAUCAGGAGAUGGACAAGCGGCGGGAAAGUCAAUCGCCGUGACAGGUGGUUGCAAGGUGUGCUGAGACUUUGCGUGACCCAGAUCUCUGCUCCGACAAGCACGCUCUACUCUUUGUGGUACAUUACUCCUCAUAUAUCUACUCUACCGCCCCGUUCUGCUUCCCUUGUCUAUGUACUUGUCCACUUCGCGUGUAUUCGUUCAUUGUGCGCCUAUAUGCACAAGCAAGGCUGCAGCCAUGCGGAAGGCGC